CACAAACAGAGACGUGGCAAGCGCAUAUUUUUCAUUCCAACAUUCAGAUCACACACACAACAUCAGGACUCGUUUCGAUUGCUCCCAAAAUUCUUUACAUCUUCAGAGUUUAAUUUAACUUCAGCAGCAUGUCGUCGAGCCGGAAAUCUUUUCUUGGUCAAAUUACACAAAUUCUUGUGGUUGGAUAUACAGUCCGCUCGUAUACGACGUACGAGGGUUGUUAUCCCAACAGAUAUGAGCGCCGCACCAACUUCGGUCAGGAGCUGAUGCGCUGGGUGCACAAGGCUGCCAUUCGACGGGGCGAGCGAAUGCUAGCCCGUGAUCCGUCCCAGCGGAACAGGAUCCUCAGCCGGCUAAUGCCAGCUCAACUGAUGAACUGCACGAAGCGUGGCCCUGCCCCGCAACCCAAGCAGCAAGAGAAGAAGGGGCAUACUGCGUUCUGA